AAGUGAUUUAGAAGAUUUUAGGUUGCGAGAGAGAUCCUUUCCUGUUUGGGUUUCAUUCCAGAUGGACGCACAUCUAUCUGACUUUGCAGAUGGCCUGCUUCUUCCCCUCCUUCUGCUGUCACUGGCGCCAGCUCCUUCCAGGGCUUCCUCAUCUGGCUCCACCGUGUAGUACCGUACAGUACCAAGCAGAAAGCACUAGACUGACGGCCAGUAGACCGGAAGUUUUGUCCUGGCUUGACUCAUGUGCUGUGAGCCUGCUCUGGAUACAAGUUUACUCAUUUGUGAAACAAUAGAUGAUUUGCUGCGCUGUGGGAUUUGCUUUGAAUAUUUCAACAUUGCAGUGAUGAUUCCUCAGUGUUCACAUAACUACUGUUCUCUUUGUAUAAGAAAAUUUCUGUCCUAUAAAACACAAUGUCCAACUUGCUGUGUGACAGUCACAGAGCCAGACCUGAAAAAUAACCGCGUAUUAGAUGAACUGGUAAAAAGCUUGAAUUUUGCACGGAAUCAUCUGUUGCAGUUUGCCUUAGAGUCACCACCCAUCUCUUCUGCUUCCUCCUCUUCAAAGAACCUUGCUGCCAAAGUGCAUACUUCUGUAGCCUUCAGACAUUCAUUAAAGCAAGAAAGCAUGCUAAUGGAGAAUUUCUUGAUUAGAGAAGCUGGUGGUUCUGUGUCAGAGUUGUUGAUAAAAGAGAAUGAAAGCAAAUUCAGCCCUCAAAAAGAGCUGAGCUCUUCUGCAAAGACCAGAGGGACACCUUCCGUAGAAAAGUCAGCUCCAGGUUUCUCAGAUGCUAGUGUUCCUGAGACACCCUCUACAUCAGCCUUGAAACAAGUUACUAAAGUGGAUUGUCCUGUUUGUGGGGUUCAUAUUCCAGAAAAUCACAUUAAUAAGCACUUAGACAGCUGUUUAUCACGUGAAGAGAAGAAAGAAAGCCUCAGAAGCUCUGUUCACAAGAGGAAGCCGCUGCCCAAAACUGUAUAUAACUUGCUCUCAGAUAGAGAUUUAAAGAAAAAGCUAAAGCAGCAUGGAUUGUCUGUUCAGGGAAAUAAACAACAGCUCAUUAAAAGGCACCAAGAAUUCGUACACAUGUACAAUGCCCAGUGUGAUGCUUUGCAUCCUAAAUCAGCUGCUGAAAUAGUUCAAGAAAUUGAAAAUAUGGAGAAGACUAGGAUGCGUCUUGAAGCUAGUAAACUCAACGAAAGCAUAAUGGUUUUUACAAAGGACCAAACAGAAAAGGAAAUAGAUGAAAUUCACAGUAACUAUCGUAUAAAACAUCAGAAUGAAUUUCAGCGUCUGGUGGAUCAAGCCAAAAAAGGAUAUAAGAAAACUGUUGGAAUGUCAAAAAAAAAAGUAACAAAAGAAGAAGAUGAAUCUACAGAAAAGCUAUUAUCUGUAGGCGUGGGACAGGAAGAUAAUAAAAUGAAAUUCCCCGAUAUGCCCUCGGUAACAAACCACUUCCCUCAGUCAAAGCUGGACUCCCCAGGGAAACUGGAGCCUGACAGACCAGAUGAUUCUUCCAGUUGUACUGAUAUUCAAGAGGAAGCUCUUUCUUCACCAGAGUCAGAUUCAUGCAAUAGUUCCAGUUCGGACAUCAUAAGAGAUCUUCUAGAAGAAGAGGAAGCCUGGGAAGCAUCACAUAAAUAUGAUCUUCAAGAGACAGAAAUAAGUCCCAGACAGAAUCGUCGCACGAGGUCAGCUGAAAGUGCUGAGCUCGAGCCAAGAAAUAAGCGGAACAGGAAUUAGCGUGGGUUUGUUGACUUUCCCAGUGCAGUCAUCAGAAGAUGG